AUGUCGUCCCCAGCCACAGCGACGACGGACGUCCUGGUUCCCGCUUUGUAUGGCCUUCAGUCACUUCUUCCCCUAUCGACCGGGCUGUUCUACAUUGCGACAUCUGCUCUCAGCCGCAUACUCUCCACGGGCCGGGCAUCGUCGUCAUCAUCAUCAGUGCGAGUACCACGAGCUGUUCGCGGCGCUACACUAGCCUUGAUGCUAUGCCUCCUCUUCAGUUACAGCGCAGAUGCGGCACUGUUACUCCACGCGCACUUUUAUAGGAGACAGCACAUUUCUGAAAAUAGCAUUAUAUUCUCACUCGGAUCGAUCCUAGUAUGGACCCUUUUACUCGCCGGCUUCACCAACGGUGCCCCUUCACUCGGGCUUCCACUGUGGAGUUCUUGGGUAAUCUAUCUUGUUGGAGAGUCGAUCCUCCUUCUAUUUCGUUCAAGAUCAAACAACACGUUCCACAAAAUCACAUUUGCCUUGCAGGUAAUACGCCUUGUGGAUUUAUUUUUGCUCUGCCGUCUAGCAGCAUCACGAGUGUUCUAUAAAGACGUACCUUGGAGGUACGAUCAAGAGGACUCUAUAAGUGAUGCACACCGUCCUUUACUGCACGGUUCACGCUCAGGAAACAUUGCGGGUUAUUCCACUGUCGAUAAUAGCUCAGCCGGCGAUGUUGACACCAGUGACGAGUCCAACGCCAAGGAAGCCAAAUCUAUCUUGACACAGAGCUUGGAAAUUCUGAAGUUCGCACUCCCACUCUUAUGGCCCAAGGGUCGAUUCAGACUACAAUUACUAUUCAUAGGCGUUGGUCUCUGCCUACUUGCUGACCGUCUGCUCGUUGUGUAUGUUCCAGUUCAGCUUGGAAUAAUCACGAAUACAUUGGCGCAAAAGAACGUCCUUCCUUGGACGAACAUUGCCUUCCUUGUCUUUCUCCGACUACUUGAGUCAAGUGGUGGCAUCUCAGUUCUUAGGGCAUACAUGUGGUUGCCCUUGGAAAGACAUACUUAUCAACGGAUAGUAGUUACUGGCUUUGACCAAGUUAUGGAUCUUUCGUGUGAUUUCCAUGAUGACAAGAGUUCGGGAUCAGUGUGGCAUUCACUCGCUCGUGGAACUGUUAUUCGAAACGUGGUACGCACCGUCCUUUUUCAGCUUGGGCCAAUGGUGUCUGAUCUUUUCAUCGCGGUGACCGUACUUCAUGUAAUGUUUGGCGCCUAUAUGGGCCUAAUCACUGCGGCAGUGAUAGGGCUUUUCCUAUGGUCAUCUGGAAGGAUAGUUGCAUUGCAAAGAUCCAAACGCAAGGAGUAUAUUUCAGCCAUCGGAAAAGAAGUUAAUAUUCGUUGCGAAGCAACAAACAAUUGGUAUACCGCUACGUAUUUCAAUAAAGUCGACUUCGAGAAAGAUCGUCACUCCCUCGCAGUGGAUGACCGUCUCGGAUCCGAAAUGUCUGUCCGGAGAUGGCAUCAAGUGGAAGCCUUUGUACAAUCAUCGAUUCUGUCUCUCGGUUUAAUGGGUGCCUGUUUGAUUGCUGCAUACCAAGUCUCGAAAGACAUCAAGCCAGUCGGAAACUUUGUUAUGCUACUUGGAUAUUGGGCUCAGCUGUCCGGGCCACUUCAGUUUGUCUCUAGCGGGUUCACCUCUAUCACUCUCGAUUUGGUAGAUGCCGAGGAAUUCGUCACCCUGCUGAGAAAAGUGCCGUCCGUCACAGAUAGACCCGGCGCAAAGAGACUACGAAUUCAGCAAGGUGCUAUGAGCUUUAACGAGGUAACAUUUUCCUACGAUAAGAGGCGUCAAGCGCUUAAGAGCAUUCGUUUUGAGGUUCUGCCAGGACAGACAAUCGCGUUGGUUGGAGAAACAGGAAGCGGAAAGUCGACUAUUCUAAAGCUUCUCUUCCGCCUAUACGAUCCAGACUAUGGAUCUGUUGAAAUUGAUGGCCAAGAUAUUUCUGAUGUCUCCCUUCAAAGUCUUCGAGAGAGCAUAGGCGUCGUUCCUCAGGAUCCUGCACUUUUUAACGACACAAUAUUCAAUAACUUAAAGUAUGCAAAGGAAACGGCUACUGUUGAGGAAAUUCAUAACGCAUGUGCGGCAGUGAAGCUUCAUGAAAGAUUCCUCAGUUUCCCAGACGGUUAUGAAACCAAAGUUGGUGAACGAGGCGUCAAGCUUUCCGGAGGAGAACUCCAGCGUGUAGCAAUAGCCCGGGUGAUAAUCAAAAAUCCGAAAUUUGUACUUCUGGACGAAGCAACGAGCUCUGUGGAUAGUGAGACUGAGGCGCAUAUUCAACACAGUCUGGCGCAAUUAACCGCAGGGAGAACUACCCUAGUAAUAGCGCAUCGCUUAUCAACAAUCAUCAAGGCAGAUCAGAUACUGGUCCUCAAGGAAGGAAGUAUAGUUGAGCAAGGAGACCAUCAAAGUCUUGUCAAACACGGUGGAUACUACUGUCGGCUGUGGCAGCAGCAGGCUGGUCUUAAUAGUAAAACUCAUAAGACCGCCCUGAAGCCUGAUGCCCCUGAAUUCGUACCUAUGAAAAUGGCGAGAUGA